AUGCACGUUGUAGUGUGCAUGAUGGAAGCCAAAGAGUUGGCAGCAUUGAGUGGCCAAUGCACACGAAAUGUGCGUGCACGUGUGGAUAAUAAGGCUGAUAAUGCGUUAGACACCAGUCUUCGUUCGGUACCAGCAGAGAACCUUGCGAGCUCUGGUGCGUCACUGAUCGUCGUGCGAGAUCCACUGGUUGAACGCUGGAAAUAUCAAAUUGAAGCUCAUGUGUCACAAAAGGCACUGAGAUCCUUUAUUGACGAGACUACUGAAGACCUUCCAAGCAAUUUCGAGUUAGCUGCCUAUGAUGUGGUAGUCACGUCGUUUAGUCGGUUGGCGAAAGAGUGGAAGCUGCACAGACCUGCGUCUGAACUGGAAAAGCGAAUGCCUGAGCGAUAUGGCUUUGAAGAUACGCAACGAUAUACUGACGGCACAACAAGAGGGGAAGUGUCUUCUCUUUUAACUGUUCACUGGGUACGAGUUAUCGUUGACGAAGGCCACAAAUUAGGUGGACAGACUCCAACAAACCUGAUGCGAAUGGCGAGAAAUUUAUUUGCAGAACGAAGGUGGGUCAUGACAGGAACGCCAACACCAAACACACUCCAGUCAGCCGAUCUACGGUUUAUGCAUGGUCUGUUAGUUUUUCUCCGCAACAAACCGUACGGUCAACCGGAUGGACGCGCGUGGACAAAAGCGAUCGCUUGGCCAUUUGAGAAAAACGAACCCAUUGGUCCCUAUAGCUUGCAGAGUUUACUCAGGCGAAUAAUGAUGCGCCAUACGAAACAAUCCAUUCGGGAUAUAUUACCGGAACCGAUUCGACACACGGUUUAUAUCGAGUGA